CUCGCUUUAUUGUCGGUUGUCUUGUUUGGUUUUCUGCUAAUCCAUGUUGUUGCGUCGAAAACAAGAUUGCAAACACUCUUCCGUUCUUAAUUUAGCUGUCUAUGGCAUUCAAUGCAUUAAAAGCAAGUUGACUCUCAUGAAGACUACCUUGGACUCUCACUCGGAUUGCUUCCAGAUCGUUGAGUUAAGAAGUGCUAGUAUUCCUACAACUUGGGCACAAAGAACUGAUAUGAUUAGAGUAUUCGAGCUUCUGGUUUGCUUACACAAUGAAUUGAAGGAACAAUGCUUUUUGGGGAAUUGUUGGUCUACCAACAAAAUCAAAUAAUACAUGUCAUGCUAGUGAAUCUCGUACAUAUGUUACGACAGGUCCGCCAUAU